UUUUUCUUGUAGUCCCGUUAGAAGGAAGGAAAAAGGAAGAGAAUUUCUCAUGUUUUUUCCUUGAACGCUAGGAAUAGAAUUAGGGCCCCGACGGGCCAAUCUUCCUAUCUCUCUCAAUUUCUCCGCCGUCUUCUGUUCAUUCUUUUCGUCGCCUCAGCUUCAGUAAGCGAUUGCUGACUCAGAUCGUUACUCAAUCUGGUUCAACUCACUUCAUUUCUGCUGCUGUUCCUCUUUUAAGGUGGACCCUGAUUUGCAAUAAUGGGGGAAAACACUUCACCGACAGGUGAUAACAGAGACCCAAACAAUGAUAAUGCUGAAAACAAGAUGAUUGAAACUAGCAUUGACGCGAUAUCUCGUAGGGUUCAAGAGUCCUUAUUUAUUGAAAAUCGACACAAGUUUUGGGAAACACAACCUGUUGGACAAUUCAAGGAUCUUGGUGAUUCGAGUUUGCCUGAAGGCCCGAUUGAGCUACCUACCCCAUUGUCUGAAGUCAAGCAAGAGCCCUAUAACUUGCCUGCGCCUUAUGAAUGGAUUACAUGUGAUAUGGAUACCGAGCAAAUGUGCAGUGAGGUUUACAAUCUUCUGACAAAUAAUUAUGUUGAAGAUGAUGAGAAUAUGUUUAGGUUCAAUUACUCUAAGGAGUUUCUUCAGUGGGCGCUUCGUCCACCUGGCCAUUACAAGUUUUGGCAUAUUGGUGUGCGGGUAAAGGCCUCGAAAAAGCUGGUUGCCUUUAUUACGGGUGUGCCUGCAAGGAUAUGUGUUCGUGAUGAGGUUGUUACCAUGGCUGAGGUUAAUUUCUUGUGUGUGCAUAAGAAGCUCAGGUCAAAGAGGCUUGCACCUGUUAUGAUUAAGGAGGUGACUAGAAGGGUUCAUCUGGAAAAUAUAUGGCAGGCUGCUUAUACUGCUGGUGUUGUCAUUCCAACUCCUAUAACAAGCUGUCAAUAUUGGCAUAGGUCUCUUAAUCCUAAGAAGUUGAUUGAUGUUGGAUUUUCAAGGCUUGGCCCGAGAAUGACUAUGAGUCGUACUAUUAAGCUCUAUAAGUUACCAGAUUCUACGGUUACACCAGGUUUUAGGAAGAUGGAACUGCGUGAUGUUCCAGCAGUUACUCGACUUCUGAGGGGUUAUUUAAAGCAGUUUGUUGUGGCACCCGAGUUUGAUGAAAAUGAUGUUGAGCAUUGGCUUCUUCCUAAAGAGAACGUAGUUGAUGGCUAUGUUGUGGAAAGUCCUCUGACCCAUGAGAUCACAGAUUUUGUCAGCUUUUACACCCUCCCUUCUACUAUCCUUGGUAAUGCAAAUUACUCUACUCUGAAGGCUGCCUAUUCUUACUACAAUGUGGCUACAAAAACCUCAUUGAUUCAGUUGAUGAAUGAUGCUCUCAUCAUAGCAAAGACCAAGGACUACGAUGUUUUUAACGCCCUGGACGUCAUGGAGAAUGAGACAUUCCUCAAGGAACUCAAAUUCGGGCCUGGAGAUGGAAAGCUUCAUUAUUAUCUUUUCAACUAUCGCUUAAGUAAUCCCAUGAAGCCUUCAGAACUGGGACUUGUACUCUUGUAAUUUGAGUUUCUUAACAUUAUUGGAAUUGCAUUUCACCAUAUCCAUGUAAGGCCUUGUAUUACGGAAUUGCAUUUUGGAUUCUAUUUUCCAAAUUUUGUUCUCUAAUAGAAAUUGCGUUGACUUACUGUUGCAGUUAAUAGGUA